GGCCACCCUUAUUUUGGCCAUCUUAUUUUUCGACCUCUCUAUCCCUUAUCCCUUUUCUCACUGACAUGGGUAUGACGCUACCUUCUCGCGAAGAUGUUACUCCUGCCGAACAAAUGCGUACUUUGAUGACUCGAAAAGAGAACAUCGAAGUCGAGCUCGAUGCGCAGGCCUCCGUACUCAAGGCAAAUAACUCGACAAUGCAAUCACCCCUCGUCGACCCGGAAGGAUUUCCUCGUGCUGACAUCGACGUCUGGGCAGUCCGACAUGCACGCGUGCGCAUCAUCGAACUGCGGAACGAUUUGGCUGCUUUAAGGGAUUCGAUAAUGACGGCACUGCAAGGCGUGUAUGACCCCUCUCUACUGAAGGAGGGACCAGCAAUUGUGGAGGAAUCUGUAACCGAAAGUAUCCUGUUACCGUUUGCGAGGGUUAGUGGCGUUGCUCCCGGUAGUCCUGCAGCAGCAGCGGGACUUACGAGAGAAGACCUCAUUCUCUCAUUCGGCUCGUUAACGAAGGCAUCCUUCACAUCCUCUUCAUUACAGCCGUUGGCGGAAUUUGUUGCAACCCGAGAGAACCAAGAGAUCUCUGUCCAAGUGUUGCGUGCUGAGCAAGAGACUGCCACUUUGUCGUUUACUCCGAGAAGCGGAUGGGGAGGGAGAGGAUUGCUAGGAUGUCAUAUUGUUCCGUAUACCGUGUCAUAGACGCUCUCGUUGUGCUUUAUGUAUUAUCCUAGCUGUGAGUGAUAUCGUUGUAACAGUCAGUUUAUCUCGCUGUAUAUUACGAUAGAAUUCAUCAAAGGAAUGUACCAAUUAUGAAGCCUCUUUUCCAGCCGU